AUGGAAUUUCCAACUAAAUAUGUAUAUAUAACAUCAAAUCUUGAUAAACCAAAAGAAUGGUUCACACAAAGUGAAAUGAGUUUAACGACAACAACUGAUACAAUUCAAAAAUCAUUUGUAAAUAAUUCUGGUUCAUCUUCAUCAUCAAAAGGUUUUGGUGAAGCUGUACUUUUAGAUAUUUUAGAUACUGCUGGUCAAGAAGAAUAUUCAGCAAUGCGUGAUCAAUAUGUUAGAACUGGUGAUUGUUUUAUGAUUGUAUUUUCAAUUGAUAGUAGAUCAUCAUUUGAAGAAGUUUCACAAUUAAAACAACAUAUUGAAAGAGUUAAAGAUCGUGAUGAUGUACCAAUUAUUAUUGUUGGUAAUAAAGUUGAUUUAGAAUCAAGAAGACAAGUAUCAAGAAUUGAAGCAGACCAAUUGGCAAGAUCAUUACGUGUUCCAUAUAUUGAGACAUCUGCUAAAACUAGAUCUAAUAUUGAGGAGGCAUUCUUUACAUUGGUUCGUCACACACCACGUAAUACAGUUUACAAAGUGGUUGUAAUGGGUGGUGGUGGUGUUGGUAAAUCUGCAAUUAUCAUUCAAUUCAUUCAAAAUCAUUUUGUUGAAGAGUAUGAUCCAACAAUUGAAGAUAGUUAUCGUAAACAAGUCACAAUCUCUGGUUUACCACCAAUUGGUGGUAGUCUAAAUAAAAAAUCAUCAUCAUCCUCAUCAUCUUCCUCAUCAUCGUCAGGAAAGACUGGAUUAUUUAAUAAAAUCUUUUCAGGUAAAGAUAAACAACCAUCACCACAACAAGCAGCUUCACCAUCAACAAUUGAUCGUACAGGACAAAUUUCAACAAAUAGAUUAGAAGCAAAUGUUCUAUCAUAUUCAAUGUCAAAUCUUUCAAAGGAGGUACCAUUAAUUACAGGUGAUUGUGUUUAUUGUCAAGGUUGUAAUGUUAUUUUAAGUAGAUUUUCAAAUUUAGUUAAAACUGGUGACGAUAGUUUCACAUGGAAAUGUGAAUUCUGUAAAUAUAGUAACAGCAAUAUUUUAUUAGAACAAGGUGAAAUACCAAAUAAAGAUUCUGUUGAAUAUGUUUUAUCAUCACCAUCAACAUCGUCAACAACUGAUGGAUCAAAAAGAGAAGAGUCAAUUAUUAUUUACUGUAUUGAUGUCUCAGGUUCAAUGGGUAUUACAACUGAAGUACCAUCAUUACAAAGUGAAUGGGUAAAUGCUAAAAAAGGUGUAAAAGGUGCAUCUAGUGGUCCAUCAUAUAUUUCAAGAUUAGAAUGUGUUCAAUCAUCAAUUCCAACAAUGAUUGAUCGUCUUUCAAUUCAGUAUCCAAAUAAAAGGGUUGUAUUAGUCACAUUCUCUGACGAGGUUAUGAUUUACACUCAAAGUAAUUCAGUUGAUGGUCCAAUUGUAAUUGCAGGUGAUAAAUUGGAAGAUUUCGACCAACUCAUUGAAAUUGGUCGUUCAAUGACCUAUGAUAAAUUACCAACUGCAUCUGGUUCAAGUGAUUUCUUAAAAGCAAAAAUCAAAUCAUUAGAACCAGUUCAAUCAACUGCAUUAGGUCCAGCAUUAUUAGUUAGUGCUGCAAUUGCAAGUCAAAAAAUGUUGAGUGAAGUUGUAAUUUGUACUGAUGGUGUACCAAAUGUUGGUUUGGGUGCAAUUGAAGACCUUCCAUUGGGUCCUGCUCAAGAGUUUUAUGAAAAAGUUACAAAACUAGCUCAAAAUAAUAAAACAACAAUUAAUAUCAUUGGUAUCAGUGGUAGUCAUAUUGAUUUAGGUGUAAUUGGUAAAGUUUCAGAACAAACAAAUGGUAAUAUCACAAUUAUUCAUCCAUUGGAAUUAGCAAGAGAAAUUAGAAAGUUAACUCAAAAUCCAAUGAUUGCAACAGAUGUCGAGAUGAGUAUUUGUCUUCAUCCAACUUUGGAAAUCAAUAAAUACGAUAGUAAACAAGGUUUAAGUAGAGUAGUUAAACAAUUCCCAAAUGUCAAUUCCCUAACUGAUUUAACACUCCUCUAUUCCUCAAGAAACAGACCCACAGAGUUUGUCCAAAUCUAUCCAUUCCAAAUUCAAAUUAAAUAUACCAAAUUGGAUGGUGUACGUUGUUUACGUGUUGUCAGUGCACAACUCCAAGCAACACCAGAUUUCAAUACAUCAACUUCCAAUGCAAAUAUUUCAAUUUUGGCAAUGGCAUUCACUCAACAAGCUGCUAAAAUAGCUCAACAACAAGAGUAUAUGGAAUCUCGUCUUCAUCUUAAAGCAGCCACAAAAUUAAUUCGUUCUCUUUGUAAUACUGAUGAACAAUGGGAAGAAUUCUAUAAUUUUGAAGUCUUAAGAGAAGAAAUGGAAGCUCCAUUAAUCACUUGUAUAAAGAAUAAACAACAAAGAGUUGAAAAAGCUGCAACUGAUGAUGAAAUUCAAGUUUUCUAUAAAAUGAAAAAUGUUCAUAAAUCAUUUGUUGAAGGUGGUAGAAAGAAAGAUAUUUCAAGAAGAAAAGGUGAAGCUGAAAUUAAUAAACAAUAUUAUAAUAUUAAAUUUACUUAA